AUGUCUUAUCGCGUUGAACUCGCAACCACUGCGCGAGCUGGAUGUCAGAAUAAGGAAUGUAAAGAUAAUGGUGUCAAGAUUCAAAAAAAUGAAUUGAGACUGGGUACUUGGGUUGAGAUUCAAGAACAUGGAGGUUGGCAAUGGAAACAUUGGGGAUGUGUCACUGGAAAACAACUUGAGAAUAUGAGAAAUUAUCUUGAAGAUGGUAAGGGAGGCUAUAUGUUUGAUAAGAUGGAUGGCUAUAAUGAUGGUGGGAAGGGUAGUUUAGAUGAUCAUCCUGAAAUGCAGGAGAAGGUCAGACGAGUUGUUAUGCAAGGAUUCAUUGACCCCGAAGAUUGGAAAGGUGACCCGGAAAUGAAUACCCUCGGUCAAACAGGAACUCGUACCUCCGAAUCAAAGAAAAAGAUCAAGGAGCAAAAGUCGGCUGAAAUGGGUGAUCUAACUGAACUUCAAGUCAAAUGGGAUGAAGCCGAAAAGGAAAAACAAGAGCUCAUUGAUGAUGGAAAGGCGAAUGGUAUGAAAGUUAAGGCUCUCAAUAAGAAGAUUGCAGAAUUUGCAAAGGAAAUGACUGCCCGUCGAAAGGAAGAGGAGAGACAAAAGGCGGAAAGAGAAAGAAAUGCAGUAAAGUCAGAGAAGGCUAAUACACCAAAGAAGAGAAGUAGAGUGAAGAAAGAAGAAGUUGACGAAGAAGAAGAAGAAGAGGAUGAAAAGCCCGCAAAGAAGAGGAGAGGCGGAAAGGUCAAGAAAGAAGAGGAAUCCGAGGAAGAAGUUAUGCCUGCCAAAAAGGCUCGUGGAAGAAAGACUGCGGUUAAGAAUGAAGAAGAUAUUGAAGAAUAUGAAGAAGAGGUUAAGCCCGCUCCUGUCAAGAAAUCCAGAAGAAAGGCAUCUGUUGUUAAAAAAGAAAAGAAUUCCGAAUACGAGGAAGACACCCAAACAGCCCCUGCCAAGAGUUCCAAAGGAAAAGCUCCUGCUGUUAAGAAAGAGGAAAAUAUCGAAGAUGAGGAAGAUACCAAACCUGCCCCCUCUAGGAAUUCUCGCGCCAAGAAAUCAGUAGUCAAAAAGGAAAUUAAAGAAGAGGAUUCCGAAGAUGAAGAAGAUGUCAAACUAGUCCCUGUCAAGAAUUCUCGAGCCAAAAAACCAGUCGUCAAAAAGGAAGUCAAGGUGGAAGAUGAUGACGAGAAUGAAAUCUUAACCAAGACCAAACCAGCUCCAGUCGCUAAGAAAGGUGGCAAACAGUCGAAGAAAGUUAACGAGGAAGCCGCAUCGGUAACCCCAGAAUUGACUUCUGAUAAUGAUACUUCGAACAACCAAAAGUUUGCAGCUGAGGACGAAGAGAUGAAGGAUGUGGAUGAUGAACAGGAAGAAGAAGAAGUUAAGCACAUUGUUAAGAAGAGCAGAGGAAGACCCGCCAGGAAGACGAGAGCUUGA